CGCUAUCAUCUAUCUGACGGCUGGCGACACUGGAUGAGCCGUAAAGGAACAACCGUUACGAAAUUACAUCUAGUUCUUAGCGGAUUACUCGCGAGAGGGAUAGCCUAGUGUGGAUGUGCAUCAUUGCGCGCGCCACAGGCAGGAGGAGAAACUGUCACCAGAAAUUCAACAGCCGGGCAAAGCUGAGCGUAUCGACAAGGUGGAGUUUGGCAAACAUCUGUUUUUGAUACUUCUCGAUCGAUGGAUUUGAAAACCACAAGACAGCUCCACAGAUAGGCCCCCAGGCUCAUUAAACAUGGGCGUGAAUAAGGCUUCGAUAUAAUUGUUCAGCAUUUUUGAAUAACUGUAUUUAUCUGAGGACUGCAUCUGAAACACUCAGAAGCGCGUCUGGAGGUGGCUGAGGACCUGAUGCGUGUUGGAAGUGGACGGGAAGAGGGGAAUAAAAGGACGAAGUUGCACUCGUACAGACUGCGCGUCACUGGUUACUCUGGGUAGCUACUGAUUUUCAUCAAGGAGAAUUGAUGAGACCAUAUCGAAGGAAAGGGGUAGCUGCCGAAGCAACAUGGCCGAGCAUGGGUUAGGGGGCGCUGACAGGUGCUCCUCACAAACCUCUGGAUGUUAGUUCUCGAGGAUGGCAACCACUCCGCUGGCACCGUUGGCAGCAGUAUAAUGACUAAUUACAAAAGUGCCAGUUUUAAGCCGGGAGCGUCCUCGAUCCACAUGUCCAAGAUGGAGGUGAUGAUCCCGUACUCGCCCGACGUGCCGUGCGACAAUGGCCAACGCAUGUGGUGGGCUUUCCUCGCCUCGUCCAUGGUCACUUUCUUUGGAGGUCUAUUCAUCAUACUUUUAUGGCGAACUCUUAAAUACCUCUGGACGGUGUGUUGCCACUGUAACAUCAAAAAGAAGGAUGUCCAGAGGGUCAGCAUCCCUGCGGGUAGUUUGGCGUUGGCCAAGGCGGAUGACAAGGAUGGGGGCGAUGCGGCGGCGGCUCAGGAGGUGGGCUGGAUGACCUCGGUCAAGGACUGGGCAGGAGUCAUGAUCUCCGCCCAGACGCUCACCGGACGCGUCCUGGUGGUUCUAGUGUUUGCACUGAGCAUCGGGGCCCUGGUGAUCUACUUCAUCGACUCCUCAGAUGAAAUCGAGUCCUGCCAGACGUUCAAUGAGGACCUCACCUUACAGAUAGACAUGGCCUUCAAUAUCUUCUUCCUAUUGUACUUCGGAUUGCGUUUCAUCGCGGCGAAUGACAAGCUGUGGUUCUGGCUGGAGGUCAACUCAGUGGUGGACUUCUUCACCGUGCCACCCGUCUUCGUCUCCGUGUACCUCAACCGCAGCUGGCUGGGAUUAAGGUUUUUAAGAGCCUUAAGGUUGAUACAAUUCUCAGAAAUUCUACAGUUUUUGAACAUUCUAAAAACUAGCAAUUCCAUCAAACUCGUGAACUUGUGCUCAAUAUUCAUAAGCACAUGGCUUACAGCGGCUGGAUUCAUCCAUUUGGUGGAAAACUCAGGAGACCCAUGGGAAAACUUCCAGAAUUCCCAAGCCCUGUCCUAUUGGGAAUGUGUCUACUUGCUCAUGGUCACCAUGUCCACUGUCGGAUAUGGAGACGUGUGUGCGAAAACCACCCUCGGCCGACUGUUCAUGGUCUUCUUCAUCCUCGGUGGAUUGGCCAUGUUUGCCAGCUACGUCCCUGAAAUCAUAGAGUUAAUAGGAAACCGCAAGAAAUAUGGUGGUUCCUAUAGUGCUGUAAAUGGCCGAAAGCACAUUGUGGUGUGUGGUCACAUAACACUGGAGAGUGUCUCCAACUUCCUGAAAGACUUCCUCCACAAGGACAGGGAUGAUGUCAAUGUAGAAAUUGUUUUUCUCCAUAAUAUUUCCCCUAAUCUUGAGCUGGAAGCCUUGUUCAAGCGCCAUUUCACACAGGUGGAGUUCUACCAAGGCUCUGUCCUCAACCCUCAUGACCUUGCCAGAGUCAAGAUCGAAUCUGCUGAUGCUUGUUUGAUCUUGGCCAAUAAGUACUGUGCAGACCCCGACGCUGAGGAUGCAUCCAACAUCAUGAGAGUGAUCUCCAUCAAGAAUUACCACCCGAAGAUUCGCAUCAUCACCCAGAUGCUGCAGUACCACAAUAAGGCCCAUCUGCUGAACAUCCCGAGCUGGAACUGGAAGGAGGGUGACGAUGCGAUCUGCCUAGCAGAGUUGAAGCUGGGCUUCAUAGCCCAGAGCUGCCUGGCCCAGGGCCUCUCCACCAUGCUGGCCAACCUCUUCUCCAUGCGCUCCUUCAUCAAGAUCGAGGAGGACACGUGGCAGAAGUUCUACCUAGAGGGAGUGGCCAACGAGAUGUACACAGAGUACCUUUCCAGUGCCUUCGUAGGCAUGUCCUUCCCAGAUAUUUGCGAGCUGUGCUAUGUUAAGCUGAAGCUGCUACUCAUCGCCAUAGAGUACAAAUCAGAUCAGCGAGAAAGCUGCACCCUUAUCAACCCUGGGAACCAUGUGAAGAUGCAGGAGGGAACCCUGGGCUUCUUCAUCGCCAGCGAUGCUAAAGAAGUCAAGAGGGCUCUUUAUUAUUGUAAAGCUUGCCAUGACGACAUCACAGAUACUAAAAGGAUCAAAAAGUGUGGCUGUAAAAGAACCAAGAUGACCGUCUACAAGAGAAUGAAACUCGCAUGCUUUGACUGUGGGCGCACUGAGCAUGGCUGCGCGUGCAUGUCGGGCAGUGUGCGUAGUAACUUGGACUCCCUCGGACAAGGCUAUGCGCUCACCCCCCUGUCCGUUGGUAUUUAUACGCACACUGGCCGCUCCUCUAAAAGUAACUAUAAUGGAUAUAUCAAAUCAAUGGACGAGGAUCCCCAGUCAGCUCUCUCCCCCAAGAAGAAGCAGCGCAACGGAGGCAUGCGCAACUCCCCAAACUCAUCACCGAAGACCAUCAGACAUGACCCUCUGCUCAUCCCGGGCCACGACCAGAUGGACACGAUUGACGUGAACGUGAAGAAGUACGACUCCACCGGCAUGUUCCACUGGUGCCCCUCCAAGGACAUCGAGAAGGUCAUACUGACCCGUAGCGAGGCAGCCAUGACCGUCCUCAGUGGCCACGUGGUGGUGUGCAUCUUCGGGGAUGUCAAGUCGGCCCUGGUGGGCCUGAGGAACCUGGUGAUGCCGCUGCGGGCCAGCAACUUCCACUACCACGAGCUGAAGCCCAUAGUGUUCGUGGGCUCUCUGGAGUACCUCAAGAGGGAGUGGGAGACCCUGCACAACUUUCCCAAAGUCUCCAUCUUACCCGGCACUCCUCUGAGCCGGGCAGACCUGCGUGCGGUCAACAUCAACCUGUGCGACAUGUGCGUCAUCCUCUCGGCCAAUCAGAACAACAUUGACGAUGCCUCGCUGCAGGACAAGGAGUGCAUCCUGGCCUCGCUCAACAUCAAGUCCAUGCAGUUUGACGACAGCAUAGGCCUCUUACAGGCCAACUCACAAGGCUUCACUCCCCCUGGUAUGGACCGCUCGUCACCGGAGAACAGUCCGGUACACGGCCUAGUGAGGCAGGCCUCCGUCACCACUGGGGGCAACAUCCCCAUCAUCACAGAGCUGGCUAAGCCCUGCAAGGCACUACCAGUGGUGUCGUUCAGUCCAGACAAAAGCAGUGGCAACAACAUCCCAAUGAUUACUGAGCUGGUCAAUGACUCCAAUGUUCAGUUCUUGGACCAGGAUGAUGACGACGACCCAGACACAGAGCUGUACCUCACGCAGCCCUUUGCAUGUGGAACGGCCUUCGCAGUCAGCGUGCUUGACUCCCUUAUGAGUGCGACGUACUUCAACGACAACAUCUUGACGCUGAUCCGGACCCUGGUGACGGGGGGUGCCACCCCCGAGCUGGAGGGUCUCCUGGCAGAGGAGAACGCGCUGCGGGGCGGCUACAGCACCCCCCAGACCCUGGCCAACCGAGACCGCUGCCGAGUGGCACAGCUGGCGCUCAACGACGGCCCAUUCGCCGAGCUGGGGGAUGGAGGCUGCUAUGGCGAUUUAUUCUGUAAGGCACUGAAGACCUACAACAUGCUGUGCUUUGGCAUCUAUCGCCUCAGAGACGCACACAUAGGCGCACACACCCUGUGCACCAAGCGGUACGUGAUCACCAACCCGCAGCACGAGUUCGAGCUGGUCCCCACGGACCUGAUCUUCUGCCUGAUGCAGUUCGACCACAACGCGGGCCAGUCCCGGAGCAACCUGUCCCACUCCUCGCACUCGCACUCACACACCUCCUCCCACACCUCCAGCAAGAAGAGCUCCUCCGUGCACUCCAUCCCGCCCGCCUCCUCCACGGCCAUGACCGUCAGCACGCGGCCCGGGCGCAGCAAAGGCCGCGGAGACCCCCGGGACAAGCAGAAUGCUACAAGGACAAGUAGAAGGGUCCAAGAAAAGACAUGGUUUACAGAUGAGCCCGAGAAUGCCUUCCCCCGCAACAUUCAGAUCAAACCCAUGAACCUGCAUCACGCCGCCAGCCAAUCAGCCAAUCACUACAAGGCUACCACCAACGCCAUACCCACCAUCCGCGAAGUGGAGGACGAAUGCUGAACGCAGCAGAACUAUGACCCCACACACACACCACACUGUCAAAGGCUGAACUCAGUGCCCUAUGACUACACACAAAUGCGUAUGCACGCGCACGCACGCACACACGCACACACGCACACACACACACACACACACACACACACACACACACACACACACACACACACACUCACACACACACACACACACACACACACACACACACACACACACACACACACACACACACACACACACACACACACACACACACACACACACGUCUGGAUGAUCACACACACCACAAUACAGCUUCCAACGUUGUGUUAAUUUUAUGACUAUGAUUACAUGUACAGUAUACGUUAUUAACAGGCUUUUUAUAGGCAUAAAUCACACAUAAAUCACACAAACCACUGCAUUUGAUAUGCAUCAUAUGCGCACAGUAUUGUAUACCGUAUGAGUCUAGACAAUCAUAUUGAGGUGUAGUCAGUCACAUGAUGAGACAUUUCGCCACCAACCUUAAGCACGCAGGAUUAAGUAUAUUUCUUUAGACACCUUGGGGCUAUUCCAUGAACAUGGUUAAGUGAUAAACCUUACUAACUUAACCUACAGGAAGUAGUAAACCUGUUAAUUUUUGAAAAAAUGAGGACUUAAAGAUUUUCUGUUUGAUUUACCACUACUUCAAGAUUUUGGUUGACCUGGUUUACUACUGAGCAAGUUUCUUGGAAUACUCCCUGAGUCCUAGUGGCCAUGUUCUUGUUUUAGGAAAGUGGCAGCCAUUUUGUAUGUUGGGUCGAGAGGGGAAUGAUAUGAUGACCUUGCUUGUCAAAUGGUUUAGUCAGAGAGGAAGAAGGGGAGUCAAGACACGACCGAAACAAUGGCUGGUUAUUGGGCAUUUUAUUUCAAUAAGAUGGUGGCCAUUUUAGUUAGUGUGUGGGGUGAAAGGGACCACUGAAAUGCCCAUGAUUCAAUUGAAGCAAAGCUGGAAAAAACGGCCACUAGUUUCCAUAGGAAAAAGUGGUAUAAAAGUUGAUGCCUAUGCCACCGGAUGCUAAUCGUUUUGCUUCAAAUACAUUGAAUCGAGGGUGCCUGACGUCACAUGAAAAAGGCUAGCUGACCAUUUUCUUUGAGUAAGAUGGCGAUCACUUUAGUUUUGUGAGUUUCAAGAAGCCACUGGAAUGCUCACGGUUCAAAGUGGCAUAGCCGUGCAAGACUCCAUUCCUUGAAAGCAUUGUCGUUAAUCACCUAGCAACUUAUUUGGUUGGCAAUGGGAAAUUACUUUGCAGCCAAGUAAAUUGCUAAUUUUGGUCGGGAACAUGCUUGCUGUGAGUCUAAAACUAUUCAUGCAACCGCAUGCGACCGAGUGUACUUUCCAUGAUACUGGAGGUAUCAUCUAGA